UCAUCGGAGAGGAACCACAGACGCUUCUUCCACUCAACCAAAACGUUCAUUCUGAGGAUAUUAUCGAUGUUUCACGGUGAUAACGAUUAUUCUACAUACACGGGAAUCUUACUUUCAUUUUAAAGGCUGUUGUGAGGAAGAGGGGUAACUGAAUCAGGCUGAAGGAUGAAGUCUAAAGGGAAGGCCGCUAAGUCAUCCAGAAAACCCUGGACCGAGGCAGACCUGGACCCUGAACCAGAGACCAGUGAACCAGGCACCAGCGAACAGGAGGGUUCUGAGGCCUCGGUCUGUAUUGGAGGCUCCUGGAGAGGCGUCUUGAGGGGCGGGGACUGCGAGCGAGGUGGAGGCGCCACCCACGGCCCCCACAGACGCCGACGGUUUCACAACAGCAACAGAGAACGCAACGUCCGGCGGCUGGAGAGCAACGAGCGGGAGCGCCAGCGCAUGCACAAACUUAACAAGGCCUUCCAGGCUCUCAGAGAGGCCAUCCCGCAUGUCAAAAUGGACAAGAAGCUCUCCAAGAUCGAGACGCUGACGUUGGCCGAGAACUACAUCAAGUCCCUGACCUCCAUCAUCCUGGGGAUGUCCAGCGCCCACCUGCCCCCUGGGGAGACACCGACAGAGGCUAGUGCCGCCAGACUGCUCCAGUGUUACCAGCGGCACCUGGAGGAGGACGGGGAUGAGAGCCUGUCUCAGUUCCUCACCCAGAUCCACAGCUUCAGCGAGCAGAGCUAACAGCUAGCUUCAGUUCCUCACCCAGAUCCACAGCAUCAGCCAGGAAAGCUAACAGCUAGCAGGUGCUAACUGCACAGCCAAAUAGUUGAAGCAUCCAGGCUUGACUUGGGGAGUGAAUCUCAACUGAAACCCAUCUCCCAUAUUGUACACUGCUACUGUUUAUGAUCACGGCCAAAAGUAGUGCACUGUAUGGGGAAAGGGGGUCAUCUGAGAUGCAGCCUUAUACUCCGACAAGCUAGUGUGCUAUAGUGACAUACCUGACAUCACCAUGCACUAAAUGGAGCACACAAGAACUUGCCUCAGUAACUCUAACAGACAGACAGGCAGACAGACAGUGUCCUUCUACCUGACUGGCUGGCUGAAGCAAAGAGCACCAGCAGCCUGUGGACUAUGCCAGACUAGACAUAGGCCUAGCCAGAACUGUGACAGACAGAAUCCCCAAAGGACCAUGCUAUUACUUCUAGAACAGUGGAACUUAAAGUUAAUCUCAUGUGGGAUUCUGAUUCUGAUUGGUGGUGAGAACCAAGUGUGAACAGACUUCUGACCGGCCCAAGUCAAAGAACAUACCAGCGCCAUUUUAUUUAAUCUGUUUUUUUUCAUAGUUUUUUUUAUUUUCUGUCAUUUUUCUAGCUGGCGAUUAACUGUAGUUACCUGAUUGGUCAGAAAUGUAAAAUAACUGAUUGUCAAAGUAUAGUUCUGUCAUGUUGUAUAAUGAUUAGAAGACAGGCGAAGGAAUACGUAUUAGGGGUUUUAUUUACUCCACCCAACACAAACACG